UCAGCUGUUUGUGGCCGAGAAGCCUUUAAAGUUGAAGCACGUGUCUGGCCCCACAGCUGCUGUUCCCAGGGAAGGGACUUUGUAAACUUUGCUCAGUCGGGCGAAAGUGCGCGAGCCGACAGCAUCGUCUCCCGCGCGACCGAGGUGAGAGAUGGAGUCAUUCGUGGGCCUGUUCGACCCGGGGUCGAGUUCGGACGACGGUUCGUGGGAGAGCAGCAGCAGCAGCGGCUCGUCCUUGGGGUCGCGCCGGAGCAAGGGCAAGAAGGGCCAGCAGCCCAAACACAAGCACAACAACCUGCUGCUGAGCAGGGACCCGGAGGCGGAACAACUGCCCCCGGAGCCGCAGCUCGGCAACGUCGAGUACAAACUCAAGCUGGUCAACCCCUCCAGACUGCGCUUCGAGCAUCUAGUCACACAGAUGAAAUGGCGGUUGCGAGAAGGGCAAGGCGAGGCGAUUUACGAGAUCGGCGUCGAGGACAGCGGCGUGCUGACCGGCCUCAGCGGCAAGGAGCUGCGAGCGUCGCUGCAGACGCUGCGGCACAUGGCGCAGAAACUGGGCGCCACCACCACCGUCCUGCGCGAGAGGCUGGUCAACUCCUCCCCCACCAAGGACGACAACGACGAGCAAAGACGCGUCGCCGAAGUGCUCGUCAGAAAGGUGCCUGACGACCAGCACAGCAUAGAAGUGAGGGUGGCCGUCGUGGGCAGCGCCGACGCGGGCAAGUCCACCCUGCUGGGCGUUCUGACCCAGGGCCAGCUGGACAACGGCCGGGGCAGGGCGAGACUCAACAUGUUCAGGCACUUGCACGAAAUUCAGUCGGGCAGGACGUCCUCCAUCUCGCACGAAAUCCUCGGCUUCGAUUCAAGGGGGAGUGUGUUAAACUACAAAGAACUGGUGACCCACGAGUCGAUCUGCGAAAGCUCGACCAAGCUGGUCUCCUUCCUGGACCUGGCGGGGCACCAGAAGUACCUGAAGACGACCGUGCUGGGCCUCACCGGCUACUACCCCCACCACGUGAUGCUGGUGGUGAGCGCGGGGGCGGGUCUGGGGGGCAUGGCCCAGGAGCACCUGGGCCUCGUGCUCGCGCUCGACGUGCCCCUCUUUGUGAUAGUGACCAAGAUGGACCUGGGCGCCGCCAGGGUGCAGGCCACCCUGGAGGCGCUGGAGACGGCCCUGCAGUCGGCGCCGCACGGCCUGCGCAGGGUGCCGCUGCUCGUGCAGGGCCCCGACGACGUCAUGACGGCGGCCAACGCCUCGGCCAAGACGGUCCACUCCAUCGUGCCCAUCUUCUGCGUCUCCUCGGUCACCGGCGAGGGCCUCGACCUGCUGCGCAGCUUCCUCUUCGUCAUCCCUCCUGAACUGAGCGCCAACGAGAGAGACAGAUUGGAACAGGAGCCUUGCGAGUUUCAAGUCGACGAGACCUUCCGAGUACCUGAAGUUGGGGUGGUGGUUGGAGGACUGCUCACCCAAGGAGUUAUCAGCGAGGGAAUGAAUAUGGUCAUUGGUCCAAUGGUGGACGGAACGUACCAGCCUGUGCAGGUGCAGUCGGUGCACCGAAACAAGGCCGCGUACAGAGUUGUGCGGGCCAGCCAGAGCGCCAGUUUGGCUCUGCACCCUGAAGUGCCUGGACUGCGCAAGGGCAUGGUCCUGCUCAGUCCGGACAUGGACCAAGACUGCUGUAUUUUCUUCCAGGCCACUGUGCACGUGAUUUACCAUGCGACGGCGAUUCACGAGGGAUUUCAAUGCACCGUCCACUUGGGCAACAUUCGGCAGACGGCCGUCAUCGUGGGCAUCAUGGCCUCGUCCGGAAUCCACACGGACGAGCGCGCCUCGGUCGUGUUCAAGCUGGUCAGGCACCCUGAGCGGAUCCAGGUGGGCCAGCGAGUGCUCUUCCGAGAGGGUCGCACCAAGGGCAUCGGAAAGGUCACCCAGGUCUUUCCCUUCUCACCAGAUCAAGUCAUCUAGACACAUGUUCCGCACCUUACAAAGUAUAAGAUUCUGCUCUGCUGCACCUGAUGCGAAAGUUUGGAUUUUUUCCUGAUAUCAGAGCAGAUGUUUUAAAUGUUCGAAGAGCAAACAUCAAUUUUAACCUAAAAAACAUUAUAUAAUUUAUUUACAAAUUGCCGAUCUAAAAUUCUAGACUCUAGACAGAGCAGUUCAAAUUUAUUUACCUCAUUUUGUCAUCCAAGGUUGGGAAAGCAACCUUGCGAAGAGGUUCGUUUUAACACCGGACGCCAACUCUCUCAAAAUUAAAACUACGAUUAUGUGUUUGUGCCAUACUGAACACGAGCCAGUUUAGUUUGAGACCUCAGGAGACUUUGGCAAGACUUUUCUCUCAAAUCACUGUUUUGUAGACGAAUAGCACAAGAAUUAAUAACUCUUCUCCCUCUCUAUGUAUAUAAUUAUUCUAAAAAUCUUUGACACACUGUGAUAUUUAAUGUAAGUAGUUGGCCUGUCAGUACGAGAUGUAUUGAGCGUGUUUGCAAAGAAAAACGACUUGAAUUUUUUAGCAACCGAGAUCCUGUUUGCUUUCAUUAUUGUGCCGUAAAAUCUUGUUAAAAUGAUGAAUAAUAAAGUCACUCACAAAUUGAUUCUUACACGAGAA